AUGAUGAUGAUGAUGAUGAAACUCUUCUUCUUCCUGCAGUACUCGUGGAAGCUGGUUCAUCCAACGGAUAAGUACUCUAACAAGGAGUGUCCUGACAACGCGGAGGAGUAUGAACGAGCUACACGAUACAACUACACCAUUGAGGAGAAGUUUGCCCUUGUCGAGGUGAUGGCCAUGAUAAAGGGUUUGCAGGUUCUGAUGGGUCGUAUGGAGUCYGUGUUUAACCACGCUAUCCGCCACACCAUCUACUCAGUCCUGCAGGACUUCGCCCAGCUCACCCUGAGAGACCCGCUACGGCAGGCCAUCAAGAAGAAGAAGAACGUGGUACAGAGUGUCCUGCAGGCCAUCAGGAAGACCAUCUGUGAUUGGGAGGCAGGACAUGAGCCCCACAAUGACCCGGCCCUGCGAGGAGAGAAGGAUCCCAAGGGAGGGUUUGACAUCAAGGUUCCUCGCCGCGCCGUCGGCCCCUCCAGCACACAGCUGUACAUGGUUCGUACCAUGCUGGAGUCUCUGAUAGCUGAUAAGAGUGGUUCUAAGAAGACUCUCCGCAGCAGUCUGGAGGGACCCACCAUCAUGGACAUGGAGAAGUCCACAGAGAGUCCUUCUUCUACACACACCUGCUCAACUUCAGCGGUACGGACUUUACAGAACCGUCCUGCUCCGUCUGUCCCCCUGUCCCCUCUCUAACCUGCUCAACUU